AUGCGCCGGAGGGUGGUUCCGGCGACGGAUAACGGAGACACUGGGGAGAAGCAGGAUCAGCUUCUUCUCUCCGCCGCAAUCUGUAAUGUCGAGGACCUCGGUCCCUUAAUCCGCAAGGCUUUCGCCUCCGGCAAGCCGGAGAUCCUCAUCCGCCACCUCGAGCACUUCCGUCGAUACAAGGAGUCGGAGAUUGAAGACGUUUGUCGGGCUCACUAUCAGGACUUCAUUAUGGCUGUUGAUGACCUCCGAUCUCUCCUCUCCGACGUUGAUUCUCUCAAGUCCUCCCUCUAUGACUCUAACGCCAAGCUCCAAUCCGUCGCUGUUCCUCUUUUGACUUCGCUUGAUUCGUUUGUCGAAGCCAGAAGUAAUUGCAGAAACAUCGCUCUCGCUAUACGAUCCCUUAACAUUUGUGUUCAGUUGAUGGAACUUUGCUCGCGAGCGAAUUUUCAUCUAAGUAAAGGCAAUUUCUACAUGGCCUUGAAGUGUUUGGACUCAAUUGAGAGGGAUUUUCUGGACGAAACGCCGUCGUCUACUUUGAGGAGAAUGAUGGAGAAGCAGAUCCCGGAGAUCCGGUCUCAUAUAGAGAGAAAGGUCAGCAAGGAGUUUGGGGAUUGGCUGGUGGAGAUCCGUGUAGUGAGUCGGAACUUGGGUCAGCUAGCUAUUGGGCAAGCCUCCGCUGCACGCCAGAGGGAAGAGGAGCUGAGAAUCAAGCAGCGCCAAGCCGAGGAGCAGAGCAGACUAAGCCUAAGAGACUGCGUAUAUGCUCUUGAAGAAGAAGAUGAUGGAAAUGGUGGAAUGGAAGAAUCCGGCGAGGAUGGCUUUGAUUUGACACCUUUAUAUAGGUCUUAUCAUAUACAUCAGACUCUUGGUCUCGAGGCUAGGUUCCAGAAGUAUUAUUUUGAGAACCGAAAACUUCAAUUAACUUCGGAUUUUCAGGUAUCUUCAAUGACCCCAUUUCUGGAGUCGCAUCAGACAUUUUUUGCACAAAUUGCUGGUUUUUUUAUUGUGGAGGACCGGGUUCUGAGGACUGGAGGAGGGUUGAUAUUGAAAAUGGAGGUAGAAAAUCUGUGGGACACUGCUGUGAGUAAAAUGUGUUCAGUGUUAGAGGACCAGUUUUCUAGGAUGCACACCGCUAAUCAUUUGUUACUGAUCAAGGAUUAUGUGAGUUUGCUUGGUGUCACAAUGCGUAGAUAUGGGUUCCCUAUUGAUGCCUUGCUUGAUGUACUGAGCAAGCAUAGGGACAAGUAUCAUGAAUUGCUGUUGUCUGAUUGUCGUAAGCAGAUUGCCGAGGCUCUUGCAGCUGAUAAGUUUGAUCAGAUGUAUAUGAGGAAAGAGUAUGAGUAUUCAAUGAACAUGCUUUCGUUUCAGCUACAGACUUCGAGUAUAAUGCCUGCGUUUCCAUUUGUGGCACCAUUUUCUUCUACAGUCCCCGACUGUUGUAGGAUUGUGAGAUCAUUUAUUGAGGAUUCUGUGAGUUUCAUGUCACAUGGUGGGCAGCUUGAGUUUUAUGAUGUGAUCAAGAAGUACUUGGACAGGCUGUUGACUGAGGUCUUGGAUGGGGCUUUAUUAAGAGUUAUUAAUGGUUCUUUGAGUGGUGUUACUCAGGCUAUGCAGAUGGCGGCAAAUAUGGCAGUGUUUGAGCGUGCUUGUGAUUUCUUCUUUCGGCAUGCUGCACAGCUUUCUGGAAUUCCUCUGAGGAUGGCGGAAAGAGGCAGGAGGCAGUUUCCGCUGACCAAAGCUCGUGAUGCAGCUGAAGAGAUGCUCUCUGGAUUACUAAAGCAAAAGGUUGAUGGCUUUCUGUCAUUGAUUGAGAAUGUGAAUUGGGUGACUGAUGGACAUCUGGAGGGUGGGAAUGAGUACGUGAAUGAGGUUAUUAUCUUCUUGGAAACAUUGGUUUCUACUGCUCAGCAGAUUCUGCCGGUUCAGGUUCUUAAAAGGGUUUUGCAAGAUGUCCUUUCUCACAUAUCAGAGAUGAUUGUUGGGACUUUACUUGGGGAAUCAGUCAAAAAGUUCAAUGUGAAUGCUGUGAUGGGGCUUGAUGUGGACAUUCGACUGUUGGAAUCAUUUGCUGAGAAUCAAGCUCCUCUUUUAUCUGAGGCAGAUGCAAAUCAGUUGAAAUCAGCACUUGUUGAGUCAAGGCAAAUGAUCAAUUUGCUUUUGAGCAAUAAUCCAGAGAAUUUCUUAAAUCCAGUAAUUAGAGAGAGAAGUUAUAAUGUCCUGGACUAUAGAAAAGUGGUGACCAUUUCAGAGAAGUUAAGGGACCAAUCUGAUCGGCUGUUUGGUUCCUUUGGGACCAGAGGAGCUAAGCAAAAUCCUAAAAAGAAGUCUCUGGAUACAUUGAUUAAAAAACUCAAGGACGUAAACUGA